AUGCACGUCGGCGAGGGCUACCGCGGUCAGAUCCCGUUCCGGCCGCUGCAACUGACAUUCGAGGAGCAGGAGCGGUGCCAGGAGCUCACGCUGCAGCUGCUGGACCGAACCCUGCGCAGCUACGUACGACGAGCGGGACACCACUACCAGCAGCACGCCGCGCCACCACUCGAAUCUCGACAGUACGCGCUGGAAGCGCCAGAAGACCCUCACUACGUUCGGGAUAUGCGGGCUCGUGCGGCGUCAAUUGCGUCACAUGACGUGAGCGGUGCCACGUUAGCGAAACUGUCGGUGCCGACGGAAGAGGACCCAUUUCAGAAUCUCAGCGUCAUGUGGAUGGUGGGGGAACAGGGCUGGCCGCUGAGUAUGAUCGUGCGGCCGAGAGACUUUGUGAAUCUGUCGGCGUCGGGGGUCAUCAACCCAACCCGAUCUCCGUUGGAACGCGACGAUCUGGUGCAACCAGCCCACUUGCCGCAGCUACCUGAGCUCCCGAAGCCCAUGACCAGAGGCAAGUUGAUGUACGGCGCGCUGUACCGGGAGCUGCAGGACGGGACUGUUGAUGUGCAUAUUCAACUCUAUGUGGAGACUAUGGGGAGUAUCUUGGAUACGAUCGUGAUGAAUGCGAUGUGGAUUGCUGGGAUUUUGGGAGGUCCCAAGGCUGUCAGAAGAGAAGAAGCUGCAGUGGAACAUCCUGAACUCUGCGAAGAGUCCAAAAUGUAA